UAAUUAAAGUAUCAAAAGUGCCACCAAAUAAAACCCAAUUCUUGAAAUAGCCCCCUCUUCGUUCCCUUAAAACCUUAGCUUCUCUCUGUUAAAGCUUCCAUAAACCCUAAUUGCAGCUCCCUCCCACAUUAUCAACUCUCUGCCACCAUGACUACAGAAACUGUGAACCCGAAAGCAUAUCCACUUGCAGAUUCGCAGCUAACUACAACGAUAAUGGACUUGGUUCAACAAGCUGCCAACUAUAAGCAGCUUAAGAAGGGUGCUAAUGAAGCUACUAAAACACUAAACAGAGGAAUUGCAGAAUUUGUUGUCAUGGCAGCUGAUACAGAGCCCCUUGAAAUCCUUCUUCACCUCCCACUCCUUGCUGAAGAUAAGAAUGUCCCCUAUGUUUUUGUUCCUUCAAAGCAAGCUCUUGGUCGAGCAUGUGGUGUUACCCGGCCUGUGAUUUCUUGUUCUGUAACAAGCAAUGAGGGAAGCCAGUUGAAAUCACAAAUACAGCAACUGAAGGAUGCUAUUGAGAAGCUUCUUAUUUGAAAUUUAAGCCUUUUCAGCAUGAGGGGCCUCAUGAUUUCUAAAGUGGAUUCAAUGUUGAGGCUUUGACUGAAAGCAGUUAUUUCUUUUCUUUUUUUGUUUCCUCUCUCAUGAGUAUGUUAAGACAACCUAUUGUGUUUGGCAAGUUAAAAUCAAGUUUUAUAUCACAGUUUA